AAGACAGCAGCCUCUGUGUCACGUCGUCCCGUGUGGAGGGGCGCAAGACUCGGUUUAGGCCGCGCCUCGCCAUCGCUGGUGCUCGGCUGCUCGCUGCUGUGUACCAUUCGGAAACGAAUCCGGACCCUGAACCACCUGAGACGAAACCAAACUCCGAUAAAACAGGAGCUCCCGAGCACCCCAACUCUCCUCCGAUCGAUGCGCGCGCAUCCUGUAUCGUAGCGGACUGCGGACCUAACCGCGCCCGCCGCGUACGUUGUAGCGGGGCCGGAGAGAAAAUAAGGCACGCCCCGCCCUGCGCCGCGGCCGCGCGAUCUCUUGUCGAGGCAAUGGGGGCGCUGCCGGCGGGCCUGCCGCCGCUGCCGCCACAUCUGGGGACUCUGCGAUCGACGCCGGAUCAGCGCGGGGCGCAGGAGCCGCUGCUAGGGCUCGACUGGAGCGUCGCCGACGGUGACGGUGGCGCCGGGGAGCAAGCGGCGUGGGGGGUGGGUGACGGUUCCGCGAGGGGCGUCGUGGGGCGCCUGCGGCGGGCGGCCAGGGCGGUGCGCUCGCUGGUCGUCGAGAUGUGGGAGUUCGCGCGCAAGGACCCGCGGAAGCCCGUGUUCGCGGCGAAGGUUGCCGUGGCGCUCGCGCUCAUCACGCUGCUCGUCUUCCUCCGCGAGCCCAGCGAUAUCGCCAGCCAUUCUGUAUGGGCCAUACUCACCGUCGUCGUCGUGUUCGAGUUCAGCAUCGGUGCAACUUUGAGCAAAGGGUUCAACAGGGGAUUGGGUACUCUUAUUGCAGGGGGCCUUGCUCUAUUGGUCGCUGAGCUAGCGGCACAAAUGGGAAAAUAUGACAUGUUGGUCCUCAUCAUAAGCACUUUUGUAGUUGCGUUCUGUGCCACCUUGACGAAGCUGCACCCCAAGAUGAAACCAUACGAGUAUGGAUUUCGCGUGUUCUUGCUGACUUUCUGCUACGUCACGGUCUCUGGGUACAACACGGGAGAAUUCACGGCUACGGCUAUAAGCAGAUUUGUGCUGAUCGCUCUUGGUGCCGCUGUCAGUCUCGGCAUCAACAUAUGCAUACACCCAAUCUGGGCAGGAGAGGACCUUCACCUGUUGGUGGCCAGGAAUUUUUCUGGUGUUGCAAAAUCUUUAGAAGGAUGUGUUGAUGGAUAUCUGGCCUGCAUGGAAUAUGAGAGGGUUCCAUCCAAGAUACUCACGUACGAAGCAUCUGACGAUGAUCCUGUCUACAGCGGGUACAGGGCAGCUGUUGAAGCAUCAGCACAGGAGGAAACCUUGCUAGGAUUUGCUAUAUGGGAGCCACCGCAUGGACCUUACAAGAUGGUGAAAUAUCCGUGGAAGAACUACACCAAAGUUGGUGGUGCGUUGAGGCAUUGCUCAUUCUCAGUCAUGGCAUUGCAUGGGUGCAUACUUUCAGAGAUCCAGGCACCACCGGAGAGCAGAAAGGUUUUCUGUGCGGAGCUUCACAGAGUGGGCCAAGAAGGUGCUGAAGUGCUUCGCGAACUUGGGCAGAGAGUCAAGACGAUGACGAAGCUGAGCUCUCCAAACAUUCUUUCAGAAGUGCACUUGGCAGCUGAAGAGCUGCAGAAGAAGAUCGAUGAGAAGUCUUACCUUCUCGUCAAUACAGAAAGGACUCACGAUGGUGCCAGUGCUCCUGACAAGGAUGAAUCGCCCGAGAACGCCGCUGCCGAUUCAGUGCACACGUCGACCAGCUUCGCUUCAAACCUGUACCUCAGCAGAUACGAUUCUUCAAACCCGUUUCUCGGCAGAUACGAUUCGGGAUCAACGGCGGGCGGUUUAUAUAAGGCGCAGUCAUCGUGGCCUGCUCGGCAAUCUUUCCACCCAAGCCUUCCAUUUGAAAUUGAGGAAUCAAGAAUUUAUGAGAGCGCAAGCGCCUUGUCGCUGGCCACGUUCGCAUCGCUCCUCAUUGAGUUUGUUGCCCGGCUCCAGAAUCUUGUUGAUGCAUUUGAAGAGUUGAGCGACAAGGCUAACUUCAAGGACCCUGUGGAGGAACCUUCUACAAUCAGCAGGGAGACUCCCGGGGUUUUAGCUAGAAUACAUAACUUUUUUUUGGUUCAAGUGACGAGGAUGGUUAAAAAACCACCCAGGAAUUGAGUGGAUGGUCAAAUGUGUACAAUAGACAGAUAACACUGUAUAUACAUCAUACAAGUAUACAGCACUGUAUAUACACAUGACAGAAGAGUACAACACAAAUGGAUGAUUUCUGACAGCCCCCCGUAGAAGUAGAACGAUAUACCAUACACAAGGGCAGGCUCUACUUAAUAAUGAAUUCUAG